GAGAAUUUCAAUCAUUCAUCGAGCCUCAUGAACUACUGACUCUUGCCUCUAGGUGAAAGGCAAUUCACCGGUUCAUAAAGUCACUUAAAAAUAAGGUGUACAACUGAUAACACAAGAGCUGCUUCAUGGAAGAGAAACCCUUCAAGUCUGAGCUGUGUGAUGAAGCUUUUGAACACAAGUUGAUGCUUGAGACUGACCAGCAAAUUCACACUCAGGAGAAGCCAUUCAACUGUGAGGAUUGUAACAAGGCAUUUGUACAGUUAUCAGGCCGAGUAAUUCAUCAGCACAUUCACUCUGGAGAGAAGCCAUUUAAAUGUGAAGUUUGCAACAAAACGUUCAUAGAGCUAUCAAACCUCUGCACACACCAACACGUUCAUACUGGGGAAAAGCCAUUCAAGUGUGAGGUGUGUAACAGGGGCUUUGCACAGUCAUCAGGCCUGGUGUGUCACCGGCGCAUUCACACAGGUGACAAACCAUUCACAUGCGAGGUAUGUGAAAAAUCAUUCUCACGGUCAUCACUCUUACUUAUACACCAACGCAUUCACACAGGGGAGAAACCAUACACAUGUGAUGUCUGUAUCAAAUCAUUUUCAUCACGAUCGACCCUCCGUGUACAUCGACGAAUCCACACAGGGGAGAAGCCAUUCACAUGUGAGGUGUGUGAUAAAUCAUUUUUAGACUCAUCCACCCUCCGUAAACAUCAACGUAUUCACAAAGGAGAGAAACCAUUCACAUGUGAUGUGUGUGACAAAUCAUUUUCAGACUCGUCGACCCUCCGUAAACAUCAACGUAUUCACACAGGGGAGAAACCUUUCACUUGUGAAGUGUGUAACAAAUCAUUCUCAAGGUCACCGAACCUCCUGCUUCAUCAGAGGAUUCAUACGGGGGAGAAACCAUUUAUGUGUAAUGUGUGUGAUAAAUCAUUCUCAAGGACAUCAGACCUCCUGCUACAUCAAAGGAUUCACACAGGAGAGAAACCUUUCACAUGUGAGGUGUGCAACAAAGCAUUUUCAAGGUCAUCGAUAUUGGUGAUCCAUAAAAGGAUUCACACAGGGCAGAAACCAUUCACAUGUGAAGCAUGCAACAAAUCGUUCACCAGUUCAUCAAACCUCCUGCUCCAUCAGAGAAUUCAUACAGGGGAGAAACCAUUCACAUGUGAAGUAUGCAACAAAUCUUUCUCAAGGUCAUCAAUCCUUCUGGUCCACCAGAGGAUUCACACAGGGGAGAAACCAUUCAAGUGUGAGGUGUGUGACAAAUCAUUCUCGCAGUCGUCUACCCUCCUUGUGCAUCAACACAUUCACACGGGGGAGAAACCAUUCAUGUGUAAGAUAUGUGAGAAGGCUUUCUCCACAUCAUCAGAUCUCCGCAAACACCAACAAAUUCAUGCUGGGGAUAAACCAUUUACGUGUGAGAUGUGUCACAAAUCCAUCUUUCUAUCAUCACACUUUAGUGCACAGCAACGUGUCCACACAGGGGAGAAGCCAUUUUGGUGUGACGUUUGUGACAGGACUUUCGCCCAGUCAGCAUAUCUGCUGGUCCAUCAAUGCACUCUCACUGGGGAAAAACCCUAUCGAUGUGAGUUUUGUAAUAAAGUUUUCACACAGUGGUUGGAUUUCCUGGAACAUCAACACAAAGUCAGCUACAUGGAACAAAAACCUUUCAAAUGUGAGGUGUGUGGUAAAGCUUUUGUUGCCUCUUCGAGCCUGCUGAGACACCAGAGGAAUCACACAGGGAAGAAACCCUUCAGGUGUGAAAUUUGUAAGAUGGCUUUUACCCAAUCCUCGGAUCUGCUGAAGCACCAGAGAAUUCAUACUGGGGAGAAACCAUUCACAUGUAAGGUGUGUGACAAAUCAUUCUCACGAUCUGAGAACCUCCAGACACACCAACGCAUGCACACUGGGGAGAAACCAUUCACAUGUGAGGUAUGUGAUAAAUCGUUUUCAUCAUCAUCUGAACUCCGUGUACACCAACGUAUUCACACAGGAGAGAAGCCAUUUACGUGCAAGGUGUGCAACAAAUCAUUCUCGCAGUCAUCGAACCUCCGCGCACAUCAGCAUGUUCACACAGGGGAGAAACCUUUCUUGUGCAAGAUGUGUGGCAAAUCAUUCUCAGACUUAGCAGGACUCUGUAUACACCAACGCAUUCACACUGGGGAGAAACCAUUCACAUGUGGGCAGUGUGACAAGUCAUUUUCACAAUUAUCAAACUUCCGUACACACCAGCACAUUCACACAAAAGAGAAACCGUUUAAGUGUAAGGUUUGCAAGAAAUCAUUCUCAAGGUCAUCACACCUCCUGCUCCAUCAGAGGGUUCACACAAGGGAGCCAUGGAUGAAUCUUGGAGUACAGCUCUUCACUCUCACUGGAACUGAUCAUCUUGUCACAGUUGAUUACUAUUCAGACAAUGUUGCCAGCAAUGAUGAAGAAGGCUUCGGGAUAUUCCGUUUGAAGACUGUCUGCAGCAUUGUAUACUUCAUCGAGUGCACUCUUCACUUCCAUACGGAGUGGGAUGUAGACCGCUGCCAGGAUGGUGGAGACGAAUUCAUGCAGCAGGAAGAACACCCAGGGAAGACAUCCAGUCCCUUCACAGCAUUGCUCAACACAGAGAAGGUUGGGCACCAACGAGUACACACGGGAGAGAAACCGUUCACAUGUGAGGUGUGCAACAAAUCAUUUUCUCAGUCAUCGAACCUCCGCACACACCAACAUAUCCACACAGGGGAGAAACCGUUCACAUGCGAUGUUUGUGACAAAUCAUUUUUGGAGACAUCAAAGCUCCUGCUCCAUCAGAGAAUUCACACCGGGGAGAAACCAUUCACGUGUGAGGGCUGUGGCAGAUCAUUUCCUCAGUCAUCGAACCUCCGCACACACAAACACAUUCACACGGGGGAGAGACCAUUCACAUGUGAGGUGUGUGACAAAUCAUUCUCAAGGUCAUCGAACCUCCUGGUCCAUCAGAGGAUCCACUCGGGGGAGAAACCUUUCAAGUGUGAGGAGUGUGACAAAGCCUUUGUGACAUCUUCCACCCUCCUGCGACACUGCAGGAUUCACACCGGAGAGAAACUGUUCAGGUGCGCUGUUUGUGAAAAGACUUUCAUUCACUCAUACGAUCUCCUAAAACACCAGCAGAUCCACACAAGGGAGAAACCAUUCCGGUGUGAGGUUUGUUACAAGUCAUUCUUAACAUCAUCAGGCAUCCUGCGACACAAGAGAAUCCACACAACAGAGCAACUGUUCAUAUUCAAUAUUAUGACAAGACUUACACCCACUCUCCUGAUCUCCUAAUGUACCAGCGCAUCCACAGAGAGAAACCAUUUGGGGUGAAGUGUAUGACAAGGUUUUCACACAGUCACUUUGUAUCUCCAGAUCCAUCAACACACUCACAAACAAAGUAACCCUCUCAGUUUAAAUUCUGGAGAAAAGCUUUCACACAGUUGCCAGACCUCCUGGAACAUCAGUGAAACAACAUGGGAGACAAACUCUUCCAGUGUGAUGUGUAGGCCUGGAGGUAUUAGAUUUUAGUCCAACAACCAGUUCCAUACUUUGUUCAUCUCAUUUACUAACCACAUCAAGAGAGCCAUUUUAAUAUCAAUGAAACAGGUGACUAUAAAUGUAGUGAAUGAACCUUGACUGAAUUAUGAUUAACAAUUGGUGUGAUCAAAAAUUGCAUGAGAAAGACUGGGUUUUCAUUUCAGUGUUGAUAUAAUCACUAUAUGUCUUUGUAAGAAUCUGCUAUAGGAAGGGGAUUGUUUUGAAACCCUGGUAAUAACUCUCAGACAGCACUUCAGGGUCUUGUUGAGUCUGGCUGAAUGAAUAGAGAGUUGUUUGAAAUCAGAUUCAGGAACAGUAUGCAGCAAAUCAUCGUAUUCCUGUCUGACACACUGAGAGUAGCUUGUUGAGGUUGUUGAUUUGCUCGCCGAGUUGGCUUGUUCUCGUUCAGACGUUUCGUCACCAUGCUAGGUGACAAAGUCAGAAAUCGCACGACACCAGGUUAUAGUCCAGCAGGUUUAUUUGAAAUCACUAGCGUAGCCUGGAGACUGACAGUGCUUUGGAAUGACAACUCCCCCUGUGUGAGUGCUAGAGGAUAAACAGAGCAGACAGCUCUCUGCAACAGAAGCAAGUGACCCAGCUGCAAGUCUGUGGAGACAUUGGUAUCUGGUUGAGACCAUGCUUCAUCAGUGGAGCCUCCGAUGAAGCGAUGUUAUUCUACUCAGCUUGAAAUUUAUACUGUUUGGUCCGUUAUGGUGAGUAGUGUCAUUUCCGGUUUUGAUCUGUAUGGGUUUGUAUAUGGGGUCCAAUUCUAUAUGUUUGUUGAUUGCAUCAUGGGUGGAGAACCAUGCCUGUAGGAAUUCCCGUGCGUGUCUAUGUUUGGAUUGGGCUACUAUGGUUACCUUGUCCCAGUUAAACUGAUGGCCUUCUUUGUCUGAGUAAUGCAAUCAACAAACACAUAGAAUUGGACCCCACAUACAAACCCAUACAGAUCAAAACCGGAAAUGACACUACUCACCAUAACGGACCAAACAGUAUAAAUUCCAAGCGAAGUAGAAUAACAUCGCUUCAUCGGAGGCUGCACUGAUGAUGUCAUCUAGCAUGGUGACGAAAUGUCUGAACAAGAAAAAGCCAGCUCGGCAAGCAAGUCAGCAACCUCACCCACAACCCGAGCUACAGCUCUUUGCCAAAACUUUAAACUGAGUGGCUUGUUGGAGAAAAAUGCAAUUUGGAAACAAACACGUUUACCCAGCAACAGCUAAAGUCAGUCAUUGCCUGACUCUGACAUGAUGGUCACCUUAGGGUUUAACUGAGGAAUACUGUAACAAUGUCUCAGUACUGCCAGAUAUUGGAGAGUCCAGAGUGUGACUAACCUGUCAUUCUGUGUGAGGAGCUGUAAGAUAGAGGCCAGAGACCUGAGAGAAAGAGAGUGAUUCACAUUUCACCAGACUGUACAACCAGCUGAAGCUGUAAAGUAUCAUUAUCCUAACACUAUUCACUUAAAAUUUCUUCAAUAAAAUUUCGAAACUUUACCAUCCAAGACUCCUUUUCUGCUGAUUGGUUAUCUUUCCUAUGAACAAAACAGAGAUCAUAUUCCAUAUUUGGACAUUUCAAACAAAAUUAGAAAUUACUUACAAAUUGAAGUGGCUGAAAUCCCUUAUAAAAUCUUAUAAAAUCCCUUCUAUAUGUAUCAGGAUUGUUUCUCCUCCUCCUCUCACCAGACUUGGAGCUGGAUCACCUGCUUCUGUUGCAGAGAGCAGUCUGCGCUGUUUAUCCUCUAGCACUCACACAGGGGGAGCUGUCCUUCCAAAGCACUGUUUGUCUCCGGGCUACGCUUGUGAUUUCAAAUAAACCUGUUGGACUAUAACCUGGUGUCGUGCAACUUCUGGCUUUGUCUGCCCCAGUCCAACAGCGGCACCUCCACAUCACAUCUCUCCCACCAUCAGGCCAAUCAUUUCAAGAAGGUCAACUUAACCUUUGACCUGAUCAUCAAACAUCACCAAAUGAAUAAAACAAUAUGUACAGAAGCUCCUGCUCAAUAGGGAUAUCACUGUGUCUCUGGGAGGAUUUUCUCAGCCACAGCAAGACCAUAAGAUAAAGGAGAAGAAUUAGGCCAUUCGACCCAUCAAGUCUGCCCCACUAUUUGAUCAUGGUUGAUACAUUUUACAACCCCGUUCUGCUACCUUCAUCACACUCCUGGCUUGUGCCUUGUAGAUAGUAGAAAGGAUUCAAAUGUGAGUUACUUGCUGCAGAAUUCCUGUACAGUUUUUAUAAUACCAUAAAAUAAAGGAGCAGAAUUAGAGAAUUCA